AUGCGUGCGCUGGUGAUUGACACUCGAGGCUUCUACUCCAUGUCCCGCCCUCUCCAACGUCCCCUCCUGAAAAUGGCCGGCCCGGCGUUGCUACUACUGCUCGCUUCCUGUUUCCUGCGCGCGUCAUCCUUCCCGCAAGACCUGGAAGCCAUCAGCGUGGUAGACGGUGAGCAUUCCCGAGACUUUGCGGGAUUCCAAAGUCUGCUGCAAGACAACCGCACGCUGCGUUUGGGGCUGGACUUCCAGACCAUGAGGCGCAUCAACCGCAUGCUCUUCAUCGCUGCCAGGGAUCACGUGUUUGCGGUCAACUUGUCGACAGCGGCGGACGCUUUUGUCCCUCAGAUGAAGCUGACAUGGCGUGCCACAGACGUCAGCAAGUGCGCCGUGCGCGGGAAAAACAGCGACGAGUGCUACAACUAUAUCAAGGUUUUGGUAGCGCGAGACGACGAGACGCUCUUUGUGUGCGGGACCAACGCUUUCGACCCGACAUGCCGCCAUUACAAGACGCGCACGUUGGAGCGGGUGGGCUCCGAGCUGCCGGGUCAGGCACGCUGCCCCUUCGAGUCUGGACAGUCCAACGCUGCUGCCUUCGCCGGCGGAGACUUCUACUCGGCCACCGUGACGGACUUUCUGGCCAGCGACGCCGUCAUCUACCGGAGUCUCGGAGACGGGCGGCCGGUCCUCAGGACCGUCAAAUAUGACUCCAAGUGGUUGCGAGAACCUCGCUUUCUGCACGCCAUCGACUACGGGAGCCACGUCUACUUCUUCCUGAGCGAGAUCGCCGUCGAGUACACCGCUUUGGGGAAGGUCGUCUUUUCUCGGGUGGCCAGAGUCUGCAAGAACGACAACGGCGGCUCCCCGAGAGUUCUGGACAAACACUGGACGUCCUUCCUCAAGGCUCGUCUGAACUGCUCGCUCCCCGGAGAUUCGCUCUUCUACUUCGACGUCCUCCAGUCGCUGACCAACGUGGUGCAGAUCAACGGGCGGCCCGCCGUGCUGGCGGUCUUCACCACGCAGGCUAACAGCAUCCCCGGUUCGGCCGUCUGCGCCUUCUACAUGGACGACGUGGAGAAAGCUUUCGAUGGAAAGUUCAAGGAACAACGAAGUGGCGACGCCUCUUGGGCCGCUAUCCCUGAGCGCGCCGUGCCUAGACCGAGGCCCGGCUCGUGCGCUGGCGAGGGCCCGGCGGCUGACUUCCGUUCUUCUUCGGAUUUCCCGGACGAGACGCUGACAUUCGUCAAGUCCUUCCCGCUGGUGGAUGAGUCCGUAGCCGCCGUCAACCGGCGACCGCUGUACACGCGCACCGCCAGCAGGUCCAAGCUGACGCGGAUUGCGGCGGAUGUGUCGGCGGGUCCCCGCAAGGAACGCACGGUGGUCUUCCUGGGCUCGGAGGACGGGCGCGUGGCCAAGGUGCUGCUGGCCACGCGGCCUAAUGACACCCGAGGAUCCAAACUCCUGGAGGACAUCCGCGUCUACGACCCCGACAGGUGUGAUCCGGGCUUGACGGAGGACCGGAGGGUUUUGGGUCUGGAGCUGGACAAAGAGCACCACGCCUUGUUCGUGGCAUUUAGCGGCUGCCUGCUUCGCGUACCACUCAGUCGCUGCGCGCGUCACGGCGUCUGCAAGAGGGCGUGUCUGGCCUCCCGUGACCCCUACUGCAUCUGGCUACGCACGGGAACUUGUGCGGACAUGGCGCCCGGAUUCAGGGCGGGCUUCGAGCAAGACAUUGAGGGAGACCACGCCCACCUGCCUGCCUGUCACGCCGACCUCUCGGCAGCGUCUCGUGACCGGGACGUGCCCGUCGACGCGUCGUAUGGUGUUCGCGGUGCGGAUGAAGAUCCCUCGUCUCACGUUCACUACACGCUGCUGCUAGCCUGCGCCCUCGUUGCGUUCUCGCUAGGCGCCGUGUCGUCGGGCUUGGCGGUGUCGCGCUUCUGCGGCGGGGACGGCGAUGCCCGCCGACACGGGAGCUUCAAAGACGCCGAGGCUCCACUGCCACGUUCCCUCUCCCUACGCUCCUUGGCCAAAAUGAGUGGACUCUUAGACGCUGCGCCCAAGGAGGAGAAAGCGUGCUCAGAGACGUACGCGUCCUUCAUCCCUGAUGUCCCAGCGUCCGAUUCCUCGACUGCGCGACACCACCUGCCUGCGGCGGAGCCUCGGCUCGGCCCGACGCAGGCGGACAAUGAGCUAAAGUCCGCUCCCCAGAAAAGCUCGGAAUACCUUCUGGUGGAUGGCGCCGUGCCCUCGACGACGGAGCGCGCGACUCCCUCAGCGUUCCAGGGCGCUCACCUCCACGGCGAUGUGUCAGACGGGUCCGCGUUGGACGAGCUCCUGAGGCACAUCCGCCAGGUCAGUGCCCAAGGAGGCGGAGGUAUCCGGGUCCUUACGUCCACCCCAGAGCGUCACAGUUAUCAUCAUCAGAAUGGCAAGACACCAGCUCAUAGCUAUUACCCAGAUCCGGCCUCCCGGCCGCUACCACUUAUUCCUCAAGGCGCCGCCGUCUCGCGGCAACAGCCGGAGACUCCCACCCGCCCCGCCGUCAUCAAGAUGGGCAGCGUCCUGCCGCGACACCACAGCUUCAACCGGCAGGGGGUGGCACCGAGGCAUUUCCCGGUCAGAAUGAACACUGACGGAAGCGACAACCGACCCCUGGCCCGCCGCCACCUGCCAGCGGGUCGGGCCUGCCUAACGCGGCAGCAUAGCUACAGCGAAGGCGUACGGCGCGCCAACGCCUCGGCCGUGCGGCGCGCCGUCUCGCUCAAGCCCAAAGUGCCACCUAAACCAUCCUUCCUGCCAGAGGCCUCCGCUUGGCCCGUGACCGAGGAGCGCUCGGGGUGCUGA